ACCGGAGCGGGGCUGCAGGACAAGCUGCGCCUUGGGCGGCGAGCGGGACUCGGCGGCGGCGGCUCCCCGCGUCCGGGACUGGGAGUCGGGACGCUCCUGACACUCUCUGGGGCUGCGGCGGGCUCCCUCUGUUAGGCACAGUGACCGGGGGGGGGGACUUCUUGCACCAGCAUCGCCUGCACCCCCCUCCAGCAGUGACCGGGGGGGUCUUGCACCAGCAUCGCCUGCACCCCCCUCCAGCAGUGUCCGGGGGGUCUUGCACCAGCAUCGCCUGCACUCCCCAGCAGGGACCGGGGGGUCUUGCACCAGCAUCGCCUGCAGCCCUCACCCAGCAGUGACGGGGGAGAGGCAGGAACUAGCCUUGUCUACACCCCCCACCCCCAGCAGUGACGGUGGAGGGCUUGUGCCAGCAUUGCCAGCAGUGGCUGCAGCAUUCCUUUUCUUGCCUGCAGAAGCAGCCAGGCAGGUUGGUAGCAAAAGCACUUUGCAGCAGGUGGAGGAUCUGGGUCUAUAAUAGAACCAAGCUGGUGGAGUUUGGGGCUCUUCGGUUCCUGGCAUCGCCAAGUGCUGCGCUGGGUGUCCGAUUUUCCACUGGGAGCAUCGCUGCAGGGAUCUGCCUCACCUCUCCUGUAGUGCCUAACCCCUAUUUCUGACUACCCCCCUACCCAGAAUGGCAGCCAUCAAAAACUUACAGCUGUGGUGCAAGCAACAGUGUGAAGGCUACCGGGAUGUGAGCAUCACCAACAUGACCACCUCUUUCCGGGACGGCCUGGCAUUCUGUGCCAUCCUUCAUCGGCACAAACCAGACCUCAUAGACUUCAACAUCCUGAGUAAGGAAAACAUUUAUGAGAACAAUGCUUUGGCAUUUCGAGUGGCUGAGGAACAGCUAGGCAUUCCUGCCUUGCUGGAUGCUGAGGAUAUGGUGGCGCUGAGGGUGCCAGACAGGCUGAGCAUCCUCACCUAUGUCUCCCAGUAUUAUAACUAUUUCCAUGGACGGUCACCAAUUGGAGGCCUGUCUGGAAUCAAGCGUCCCACUUCGGAAUCGAGCGAGGAGCCACCUGGGAAAAAGGCCAUUUCGGAACCCAUCAAGCCCACCCCUGUAAAUUUACCAGCACAUUCACCAGCUGCAGCCAAGAUAAACCCAGCACGUCCAGGGCAGGAUCUGCCAAAGGAAAAUCCUCCAGUGACAUCGAAGAGAGUCCUGAUAGACAGUGGUAAUCUUCGUAGCAGCAGCUGUGCCAUCUGUGGGAGUCAUGUGCACCUGGUUCAGCGACACUUAGUCGAUGGGAAGCUCUACCAUAGGAACUGCUUCAGAUGCAAACAGUGUUCCAACACUCUACUGUCUGGGGCCUACAAACCUGGAACCGAACCUGGUGCUUACAUCUGUACCAGCCACCAACAGCCAACCAGUCUCCGGAAUUCCGAACCAUGUAACAUAGAGAACAAACCUACCAGUGCCUCCAGGACCUCAGGAGAUCCCCAGAAGGUGUUGGUGAAAUCAAGUCAGUUAAACAAAGGCACCAAUUCCACCUCCAAUCCCCCCAGUUCAACCAUGCCAUCUGGAUCACCUGCUGGCAGCAAUUCCAGCUCUGGUCCCAAAAGCCCAAAUACUCCAUGGUCAUCGUCAGUUGGGAAUAAAUCAGAUUGCCGUGAAGGUACUACUUCACCUUCUUGGACAGCAUUGGGAGCAAAAACGCAGCAAGCUCGAAAGAAGUUCUUCGAGUCCAGUGCGAGUACUUCAGAGUCUUUGACUCACAAAUCACCAGCUACUAAAGAUCAAGUCCUUCCUUCUCCUCCCUCUCAGGCAGCUAGUAAUACCACCUCUGGCAUACGCUUUUAUGGAGCAAACUCAGGCAACACUGAGAAGGAUAAAGCACGUCAACAUCUCACGCAGGCUCUUCCUGGACUAAAUGCCACUACAAACAGACCGGGAGGAGUCAGUUCCAGUAGCUCCCCACUGCCCAGUAGCUUUUCUCGCACCAUCUCCCCCAGGGAGAGUCCUGAUUACAAAAUACAGGCCGACAAACCAGGCCAUGCAAAAAAACCAGAGCAUGCUGCAUGGAGACCGGUAUCUUCACCCAAAAGUCCAGAAAAAAGCUUAGGAGUUUGGGUUGCCACUCAGAAUGGAGAGAAGGACCUGGUCACCCUCAGACCUGCCGAUACAGGGCGUAAGCCUGACUGGAAGGACACCAGAGGAGGAGUGAACAUCACUGAAGAUAAGUCUGAGAACCCAGCAGACUGGAGAUCUAAACUGAAGCCAGUGGCCAACAAAGACUCCAACCAGGGUGGUCCUAAGAAAUUGAUGGACAGCUCCAAGGUGACGAGCAACAUAGCCCUGAGCCCAGCACGGGGGGAGAAGUCGGCUUCAUCCAUUGCCACGCCGGCAAAUAAGGACCCUGCUCCAUCUGCUGCGCUGCCUCAAAAGAAGAAACUGAUCCCUGACAAGGAUCUUCUCAGUGACUGGCUGAAAUGGGGAGAGCCCUUUGUUCCUGCCAAGGAGAAGGAGUCAGACCAGUCAAAGCGGGUGUCUUCUCCAGUUAAACCGCCAGCUCCAAAAAUCAUCCAGAACCUUGUGAGCGAUGAAGUGGCAUCCCUGACCAAGCUCCAAGAAGACUACAUCCCUGAGGAAGAAAUCCAGGAGAAGGUGCGAGAGAUCGAAAAGCAGUUGGAUGAGCUGGAGCUCAAGGGAGUUGAUAUGGAGAAGCAUCUGCGUGACUGUGAGGAAGAUGAUUCAGAGGAUUCUCUCAUGGUGGAUUGGUUCAAACUGAUCCACGAGAAACAGCUGCUGUUGAGACUGGAGUCAGAGCUGAUGUACAAAUCGAAACAGCAGAAGCUGGAGGAGAAGCAGUGGAAUAUCGAGAGCGAGCUGCGGCGCCUAAUGAGCAAACCAGAGGAGCAGAAGACCUACAUGGAGAAGAAGCGGGAGAAGGAGCUGCUGGACUCGUACGUGAACACCGUCAAUGACCGAAAUGAUAUCGUGGAAUGCUUGGAUGAGGACAGACUCAGGGAGCUGGAGGAGGAUCAGAUGCUGGCAGACAUGCUCCGGAAGCUGGAUGCGUCUCCUGAGAGCCAGGAACCCAACAAGAGGAAAAGCAAGUUCCGCUGGUCCAAAAUAUGGAAGCAGAAAAGCAAGAAGAAAGCGCAGCAGUGAAGUUCUCUGCACGGCAGCAUGAAGGGCCAUGGAAUCCAGGAGUUGGUCCCUCUUGCACGCUAUGUCUCUGGAGUCAGACAGUGCUCCUCUGCCCUGAGGAAGGGGGAUUCAGGGCAUGAGGACUGCGGGGGCACUGAGAUUCCCCUCUCCUCCCAGAAGGAGCUCGACGUGUUAUCCACCCAGCUGAAUGAGAGCUGCCGCCUCUGCCAGGAGACUAUGCUGUGCCUUGCACUGCGCCAGCACUGGCCUGGCUGCCACUCCGCUGAGCAGAACUGAUUUGCUCACUGGCUGCUAGCUCGCUGGCUCUCUGGUCACACCAGUUCUGAUGCCCCCGAUCACCCUCUGCCACUGAACGGGCUGCAGUCCUGCCCAGGAUGGGUGCGUGAAGGGGGAACUGUUCCUCAGCCUCCUUUCCCGCACACGUUUGCUCCAUGAAUGUUGGGAAGCUCGGCGGGUAUGUCUACAUUGCAAUAAAACACCUGCCGUUGGCCCAUGUCAGCUGACGCGGGCUCAUGGGCUAUAUUCAGGCUCGUGCUGG